AUGCUGUUGGCACCUGCUGUCGAACUCUACGACGACGAAUGGAUACCACCGCCACAUUCUCCAAAACUUUACAAAAACAGCAGUGUUCGUAGUUGGGGCGUAACAUCCAUUGGACGAGGCUUUGACUGGGACAACGGCGGCGAAACUAUGGAAGCUGCAUUAGCAUCGCCUUUUCUCAAGUCGCUCGACCGGCUUGAAGUAGGGAAUACAGCGGGGGAACUUGAUCACAAACUUGAUCAUGCACUCUUAGACAGUCCCAUCGCUGCCAGUCCCAUCACCAAGCUCCACUUCCCUCCCUUUAUGGCCGAUUUUAACCAGACCUACUCGAUGUCCCCAGAACACUCAUCCUUCCCUUCCCGAUCAGCUUCUCCCAACGGGGCUAUUGGUCCUUACCGUUCCAAUCCAACGAGUUCUCCUUCCUCGCCACGUCCCCGCCGCCGCUCAUCCCAACAGCGUGUAUCCUUGGUUGCCGGUCGCGUUUUGAUCGCCCCGAUAGAACCACCAUCUCCACCCCCCAUGCUCCCUCAAAGCCUUCGCAGAACUCCCAGCUCAGGUAGUGUCCUGAGCAACGCCGCAAGUACCCGUGCACCAUCUCCCACCUCUUCAGAAAAUCAGUCUUUUUUAGGCGGAAGGAGCAUUUCUGAAUUUCUCAUCGAGGGAGAGAUCGGCAGAGGCGCUUACGGUCUGGUGAAGCGAGCUAGGGAAAUUAAUUCCGAUGGCUCUGUUGGGCCUCCUCUCAUUAUCAAACAAGUUAUAAAAUCGCGAAUUCUAGCAGAUUGCUGGAAGAAACAUCACCUUCAUGGAACGAUCCCGAUAGAAAUCUAUGUCAUGUCUGCCAUCUCCAAUACUUCUUACAUCCUUCCUGCGCGUCGCCCUUGGGAUCCCUCUCGAAACAUUAAGCAAAAUGACUCCUUGCACAUGGAUGCCGACGAUCUUGAAGAUGAAUGGGUUGAGGGAAAGGUGGUCAAGGGUCACCCGAACAUAUGUCCAUUGCUAGACUUUUUCGAGGACAACCAUUAUUACUACCUCGUGCUGCCUUCAAGUACCCCAGAAAGUGACCCCAACAAACCUCCCCCUCCCUCCGACCUCUUUGAUUUAGUGGAGACGUAUCCUCAUGGACUGCCGCCGAGUCUGAUACGAACAUACCUUGGGCAAAUCGCAGAUGCCCUAUGCUUCUUGCAUUCUCAGGGAAUUGUUCAUCGCGACAUCAAAGACGAGAACGUCGUUCUGGGGCCGUCUGGCAAAUGCAUCCUCAUUGAUUUCGGUAGUUCUGGGUUGGUAAAAAAGAGUGGAUGGGACACAUUCAGCGGAACGCUUGAUUACGCGGGACCUGAAAUUUUACGGGGUGAGCGAUAUUACGGAAAAGAGCAGGAUGUAUGGGCGUUCGGCGUCGUCGCUUAUGUCCUUCUCAUUGGAGAAUGUCCAUUCAUGACAGCGGCUGAAGCUCAGGAAGGGUUUGAUUCUCCGUUCGCCAACGCUUCGAUCUCCUUGGACGAACGAUGUGCCGAGGGAAAGGAAAUGGAAGGGGAAGAAAAAGAUGGGGGUAGUGCAUUAGGCGCUGCUGCUGCUCUAGUGCGAGCAUGCCUUCAAGUGGACCCUGCGGCGCGACCGACGUUUGAGAAGAUACUGCAGUCCCGUUUUCUGGCAGGGAAUGGGGGAUGGGGGAUCUGA